AUGGAGACCCUAUUGGACGAGCACUACCGGCUCAAGCAGCAGCUUUCCGAGCUUGAGGCGGAGAACACGUCCCGCAACUUGCUUAUUCAUUUGUGUACUCUCAAAGUUCUAGCUUUGCACCAGAAAGAUGCUCCACAAACACAGGCGGCGCCGAAAACAGACGCCAAGGACCUAGAAACGGAGAAAAAGCUCCUAGAUUACGAGCUCCGCGUGUCGGUGUUGAAACUGCAGCUUUCCACGAAGGAAAAGUUGCACGAGGCGCAGAUUGACGAAUUGAAGGACCUGGUGGCUGAACUCCGCAAGAAAUUGGACGAAGCAACAGCAGCGGCGCCUAAAACCAGGGCAGUAUCGGGAUCUUCGCUUGCCAUGUCACGGUCGAGCAUCUUGUCGCCGCCCAACUCUUCGGGAAGAUUGGGAGAAAGAUCAGUUUCUGCAGGCAGCACGUUCUUAUCGCCCAACCAAUCGAUGUUUUCUGGCGCAUCGCCCAUCUUCAAAAAGAAACGCAGCGGCAACGCAGCGCCUCGCAUUGACUUUGGCGUCUCGUCCUUGGUGUCUCAGGCGUCGUUGAAGCUUUCUCAAACGGAGAAAAAGGCUGGCUUUUCGCCUGCCAACUCCAGUGUGGAUUCUACACCGUCUAAACCAGAAACGGACGAUGCUGAAAGAGGUACAGGAGAAGAAGCAGAAGACGGACAAGGAACGGCAAAUCAAGACAAACACGAACAGAAGGGAGAGAGCAGCAUUGAGAAUAGUGAAACAGCAGACACUGAAGAAACAAACAGACAAUCUGAAAAACUCCCUGAAUCCUCAAUGGCUACAGACACAGAAGAUGAAACAUUCCACAGCGCCAACAACACGCUUUCAGAAAGAAAAAAGAAAAAGAAAAUACAACUCUUGGCUGCAGAGGCAUCUACUACAAUUUUUCCCCAGGCCACAGACCUUGGCGUAGAAGAUGAGGACAUGAACUCGCUCAACUAUUACAACGACGAGAAUUUCAAGGAGGACACGUCUUCACCUUUGCGCCCCGCAAAAAGAAAACGAGAGUCGCCUGAGUCGGAGGCCCCGCAGAAAAAGAGACAUGUUUUCAAGAUAUGA